AUGUUGAGGGAUACUCGUCUAGUUGAUGAAAAUACAGUCACGUUCAACAACGGAGUUUUGACCGCUGCUAAGUUUGCAGACAAGAAGGAUGUGUACUUUCUUACAACUAGUCAUGAUGCAAGUUAUCCCUGGUACGGAGGCUGGAACGAUGACGGCUGGGGAUGGGGAUCUGAUGACGGCGGCUAUUACCAGAGUGGAUUCGGCGGUAUGGUUGGUGGCAUGAAUAUGCCCGGGAUGAUGCCAUAUAUGGGCAUGGGCAUGGGCUAUGGAGGCUACAACAACUGGGGAUACAACUCGCCGAUGCCAUACGGACGCUGGGGAUGCGGCGGAUGGUGGGGAGGUGAUGACAACUGCGGAUUUGAUGGCUAA